UACUCCAAUUGUUUCUCUACUUUGCUUCCACAUAAUUCCUCCAAACAAGACAUCCUUAUAAUUACCCGACGACACUCAUCAUGUCCGAGCACCGACGAAACAUUCCACACCACGAAAGAAGACACCCGCCAAGCGGAAUCACAAACCGCUGGUCGGCAUGGAGGGACCAUUCCAAAGGAUUCAAACGUGUCUGCGAUGAAGUCCAUCAUCGACUCCCGAACUGACAAAGCUGCAGAAAUCGACCAGCGGAAAGCCAAUCUUCCUCUACCAGAACAACCACCAGCGGCUUCUGACUUGAGGUCUGCAAACAUGCAAACAACCGGUCGCGGUUCAGGCACGGUGUCUGGAGACCACCCUAGUGAAACGUAG